AUGGGUUGUGCUUAAAUUGUGAAUCAUACUCAAGAAGUUCACUAGCCUCAAUUAUAGAGAAAUUAAUCAAAAAAGACUACUUUGGAAUAGACUAAGAAUGACUAUGAUUCUCCAAUUAUCUUCCCCCUCACUUUCCCUGAAGGAUUCGGAAGAUACAGAAAAUAAUAGAGAAACUCCACUGUGAAGUUGAAAAACACGAUGAAAGUGGAAAUCUCUCUGGACAGUAGUAGGAACACAAUCCUGAAAAGAAGAACGACUCUAAAUCCCUAUACUUGACUUUUGAAUAUAAACUUCCUUCAUAAUCUAAACCUUUAAUUUCUUACAAGAUUAUUAACUCUAUCUAAAUUCAAAGCCCUUACAAAACUGUCUUUUGUCCUGAUUUAUGAUGUCAGUGACUAAUUUUCAGAUGAAAAAAGAUUUCUCAAUUUAUAUAUUAUUCACAUUACUAAUGUGAAAAGUAGUACGCAAUUUCUGAAAAAACAUAAAAAUCAAAAGGGAAGGGGAGACUUUCGAAUUUCUAGGGUUAGAGUUCUAAGAAUAGAAUAUGAAUUAAUAGAGAGAUGUUAAAUGUUUAUUUAAAUUA